AUGAACAGAUAUAUUAGUGGGGUUUGGCACAAAGAAGUUCCCUUCAAGAUCUCUUUCCUCACAUGGAGAGUUAUCCAAGAUAAACUGUCUACAGAGGAUAGAGUCGCAGGAUUUGGGAUUGAAAUUGAUCCUAUAUGCCACUGUUGCAACAAUAACAAUCAAAAUCUUAUUACUGAGAAUGUUGAUCAUCUCUUCUGCUUGGGAGAACAUGCAAAGAAGAUAUGGAGAUUCUUUGCUGGUCCUCUGGGCAUUGAUUAUAACAACAUGAACCUCAAAAUGCUCCUUCUUAAGUGGUGGAACUUCAAGGCUCGCAAUUGCAUUGCGAAACUCAUUACCAGAAUUCUUCCUCUUAUUAUUUGUUGGGAGUUAUGGAAGUCAAGAUGUAGCAAAAAAUUUGAGAACAUUAGACUAUCUUUUUACAGAACCAAAACUAAUAUUUUGUUUACUCUUGUGCAGAUACUAAACAGUAGUUUUGGUAGAGCAAGACUAGGAGAAGAUUGGCAAACAAUAUAUGUGGCGUGUGAAGCAGUGAUAGAGCGGAGGAUAUUAAAAAUUAUCAAGUGGAACAAACCCUCAUUCCGAGCUGUUAAACUUAAUAGUGAUGGGAGUUGUAUUCAAGGAACGUGUGGUGGAGGAGGCCUGGUCAGGAAUAAUCAGGGAAUAGUUAUUUUUGCCUACUUUAUUCCUCUAGGACCAGGGACUAGCAACUUUGCAGAAGCAACAUCAAUGCUCUUUGGAAUCAAAUGGUGUGCUGCAAAUGGUUAUAGGCUAGUCUUGGGAGAAACUGACUCAAUGCUCAUCACUAGAUGCAUUAGAAGAGAACAGAAAGUUCCCUGGAGGAUUAAGAGCAUCAUCACUGAGAUCCAGGAUAUAGUUGAAGAGCAUGGAUUUGUUAUCAUCCAUUGUUUCAGAGAAGCAAACAGACCUGCAGAUAAACUAGCAAGUCUCAGCCAUAGUAGUGAUAUGAUCCAUGUAUUCAACUCUUUUGCUGAUCUCCCUAAUCAAGUCAAAGGACUCGUCAACAUGGAUAGAUGGGAUCUACCAUCGUUUAGAAUCAAAACUGCCAAACCAGGACAUAUCACAUCUAACCCACCAUAG